GGUGGUAUGAAUGUCCAGCGACUGCCGGCGAUUCGUGAGCGCGGGAGUGAGUGACAGACUGGGAGGCGAGCUCCGCAACCAGCGGUUUGUUUUUCUGAGCGUUCCUGAGGUGGAGAACGGUGGCCCGACGGAGCGACUGCGGGACUGAGGGACUGGCGGGCGGGCGGGCCUAGCGGCGCCGCCGAGGCCGGGCUGGGCCGAGCCCGGGAGCGCCGGGGAUGUAGCGGGCCACCCUGCCCAUGCCACAGCGCCCGGCUGCGGGCGGAGCCGGAGCCGGAGCCUGGGGAGGCGGCGGGGGCCCCGAGCGCAGCCAGCGGCCCCCGCGCGGAGCCAGGCCCGCUGCCGUCCCCGCCGCCCGGGCCCCCGGCAUGCAGCCCCGGCUGCGGAGGUGACACUGCUGGGCCCCCACCGCUGCCGCCGCCAUCGCCACCAUGGAUGAACAGGAGGCAUUGGAUUCGAUCAUGAAGGACCUGGUGGCCCUCCAGAUGAGCCGACGGCCCCGGGUAUCUGGAUAUGAGACCAUGAAGAAUAAGGACACAGGUCACUCAAAUAGGCAGAAAAAACACAACAGCAGCAGCUCAGCCCUUCUGAACAGCCCCACAGUAACAACAAGCUCAUGUGCAGGGGCCAGUGAGAAAAAGAAAUUUUUGAGUGACGUCAGAAUCAAAUUUGAGCACAAUGGGGAGAGGCGAAUUAUAGCAUUCAGCCGGCCUGUGAGAUACGAAGAUGUGGAGCACAAGGUGACAACAGUAUUUGGGCAACCUCUUGAUCUACAUUACAUGAACAAUGAGCUCUCCAUCCUGCUGAAAAACCAAGAUGAUCUUGAUAAAGCAGUUGACAUUUUGGAUAGAAGCUCAAGCAUGAAAAGUCUUAGGAUAUUGCUGCUGUCUCAAGACAGAAACCAUACCAGUUCCUCUCCCCACUCUGGGGUGUCCAGACAGAUGCGGAUCAAGACUUCCCAGUCUGCAGGGGAUAUAAAUACCAUAUACCAACCCCCUGAGCCCAGAAGCAGGCACCUCUCUGUCAGCUCCCAGAACCCUGGUCGAAGCUCCCCUCCUCCUGGCUAUGUGCCUGAGCGGCAGCAGCACAUUGCCAGACAGGGGUCCUACACCAGCAUCAACAGUGAGGGGGAAUUCAUCCCUGAGACCAGCGAGCAGUGCAUGCUGGAUCCCCUAAGCAGUGCUGAAAAUUCCUUGUCUGGAAGCUGCCAAUCCUUGGACAGGUCAGCAGACAGUCCAUCCUUCAGGAAAUCACGAAUGUCCCGGGCCCAGAGCUUCCCAGACAACAGACAGGAGUACUCAGAUCGGGAAACUCAGCUCUAUGACAAAGGGGUAAAAGGUGGAACCUACCCCCGGCGCUACCAUGUAUCUGUGCACCACAAAGACUACAAUGAUGGCAGAAGAACAUUUCCCCGAAUACGGAGACAUCAAGGCAACCUGUUCACUCUGGUGCCUUCUAGCCGCUCCCUGAGCACAAAUGGCGAGAACGUGGGUUUGGCUGUACAGUACCUGGACCCUCGUGGGCGCCUGCGGAGUGCGGACAGCGAGAAUGCCCUCUCUGUGCAAGAGAGGAGUGUACCAACCAAGUCUCCUAGUGCCCCCAUCAAUUGGCGCCGUGGGAAGCUCCUAGGCCAGGGUGCUUUCGGCAGGGUCUAUUUGUGCUACGAUGUGGACACAGGACGUGAACUUGCUUCCAAGCAGGUCCAAUUUGACCCGGACAGUCCUGAGACAAGCAAGGAGGUGAGUGCUCUGGAGUGUGAGAUCCAGUUGCUGAAGAACUUACAGCACGAGCGCAUUGUGCAGUACUAUGGCUGCCUGCGAGACCGUGCCGAGAAGAUCCUGACUAUCUUCAUGGAGUACAUGCCAGGGGGCUCAGUAAAAGACCAGUUGAAGGCCUAUGGGGCGCUGACGGAGAGUGUGACCCGCAAGUACACCCGGCAGAUUCUGGAGGGCAUGUCUUACUUGCACAGCAACAUGAUUGUUCACCGGGACAUCAAGGGUGCCAACAUCCUGCGAGACUCUGCUGGGAAUGUCAAGCUUGGGGACUUUGGGGCCAGCAAACGCCUGCAGACCAUCUGCAUGUCGGGAACUGGCAUGCGCUCUGUCACUGGCACACCUUACUGGAUGAGCCCUGAGGUUAUCAGUGGUGAGGGCUACGGAAGGAAGGCAGAUGUGUGGAGCCUGGGCUGCACUGUGGUGGAGAUGUUGACAGAGAAACCACCUUGGGCGGAGUAUGAAGCUAUGGCUGCAAUUUUCAAGAUUGCCACCCAGCCCACCAACCCUCAGCUGCCUUCCCACAUCUCUGAACAUGGCAGGGACUUCCUGAGGCGCAUUUUUGUGGAGGCUCGCCAGAGACCUUCAGCUGAGGAGCUGCUCACACACCACUUUGCACAGCUCGUGUACUGAGCUCUUAAGGCCACACUGUUGCUGGCCACCUCCUGCUAUGUGCAAGGAGCUGCUGUGGGGCUCAGUGAAGUUGCUGCUUCAGGCAAGGCUGUGGAUGGAGAUACAGUCCAGCCAGAGUUUGUCUGUGCCCCUUCUGCACUGGGGCUCAGAGCCAGGAUGGGAUGGCUGUAGCCUCAAGGACUGGGAGCCCCCAGCAUGCCAGACCAAAGAGCUCCAGCAUCCUAAGCUCAGUGUGGAAGGGAAGGGGCUGGGAACGGUGUUCGAGGUGGCCAUGGGCCCUACCCACUCUUGGGAUAUGUCCUGAUGUCGCAGUCAGCACAGAAGCCCAGAGGGGCUGGGGGCAUAGAACUGACACAAGGGUAUGAAUAGUGUUAUUUUCAUUCAGAGUGUUAUUCUGUUUCUCCUCCCAGUGUCCGGAGACCACCAGGGUGUCUCUGGGCUAAAUGAGCCCAUUCAACCAUGAGGUAAAGCCCAGCAUCCCCCAAGCAACAGAAAGCAGAGGCCCAGGCUGCCCUCACCCUUAGAGCCCCCAGGUCAGCUUUGCCAGUCCUUGUCUUUUACCAAAGAUGAAUGAAGCAAAUAUUAUGCUGCCUUAUUCAGGGAAGGAGGAGCCUGCUCUGCCUGCCCCCAUGAUCCUGACCCCUCAAGCAGAGGCCUGAGAUGUGGAACUGCCCCUCCUGAGCGGGGAGACCCAGUCUUGUCAAUGCAAUUAAUUGUCUCUGUUUUACAAGUUGGAGUCACCCUUAUGCUGUAUCCAGUUCCUAAACUGGGAGGCUGUGUGUCCUCUGAGAACCCAGCUGGGCUUGGGCCUUGGGCUGGACUAGAAAGAGCUGAUGGAAUGACCUUAGUGCAUCUGGCCUGGCUAACUGCCCUGUGCCCCACUGGGCCAUUCAGGGGAGCCCCAGGAGUUGUCUCGGGCUAUCUGAGUUGUGACCCCUCCAGGCCCAAGCCCAGUCCAUCUGAUAAAAGGGAAAACCCAUGUGCUGCCACCAGCUUUGUCCAAAGCCACCAGCUCUGUUCUUCCUUAGCCUUGCCCAUCUGAGUUCUCCACCUCUUUCCCUUCUUGCUCUUCCCUUGGGGGAGGAAUGCAACAGGGGUCAGGGAAACAGUAUCUCCAAGCAGCUUAAAAGUUGGCCAUAUUUACCUCAGCCUGGGCGCUGGUCCUUUCUUCCGGCCCCUCCCCUCCAAAAUGUGCCUAUUGCUACAGCUCCUCCCUCCUAACUCCCAGUUUCCUUGGGAGUUGUCAUUAAAGAAAGAGAAAAAAAAAGAAAAAAAAAAAA